AUGUCAAGUGCUAAAGUUAUACUUCGACCAUCGUAUUUAGCCAGUCGUGGAGUAGGCUUACCCUUAUUUACCAGAUCAGUUUAUUUCCCUUUAAUGGUUAAAUCUUCUGGUUUAAGAUCUUUCCAUGAUACUCCAAAUAAACAAAAUACCACUUUAGGUAAUGUUAAUUUCCCUCCUCAUCAUAAUAAUACUACCACUACUACCACCAAUGAAUCUAAUUCAAUUACUGCUGAAGCGGUUAAAAAUUUAACAACUCCUUUACAUGUUAAUCAAACUGAAUAUUUAAAAGAUUUCACUGUAUCUGAAGUAUUCUCUAAUCUCGUUAUUGGUUUAUGUACUUUAAAUAAACCAAUUUUAAAUUUUUGUAUUAAAAUAUUCCCUUAUACUCCAAUUCCAAUCAUUAAAGCUUUAGUUUAUAAAAUCUAUUGUGGUGGUGAAACCAUUGAUCAAGUUAAACAAGCUGGUACAAGAUUAGCUGAAAGAGGUAUUAAUAAUAUGAUGAUUUCUUUAACUAUUGAAGCUUGUGAAGGUAAUGAUAAUAUUGAUCCUGCUUAUAUUGUUAGUGAAACUGCUAAAUCAGUUAAUGAAAUCUUAGUUCCUCAUACUUUAAAAGUGAUUCAAGAAUCAGGUAAAGAUAUUAAUUCAAUUCCACCUGGUUAUGUUGCUUUAAAACCAACUGGUUUUGCUGAAGAUGCUGCCAAAGUUUUAAAAUUCUUUAAAACUGAUCCAAAAUAUGCUCAAGAAUUUGAAGAAUUAGUUGAGAAAGUUUCAACCAUUUGUCAAACCAUUUAUGAUGCUAAUAAACAAUUAGCUAAACAAUACCCUCAAAGAUCAGCUCCAUUUGUUGUUGGUGUCAUUGAUGCUGAAAAACAUGAUUUACAAGAAGGAGUUUAUGAAUUACAAAGAAGAUUAUAUGCUAAAUUCAAUAAACUUAAUGAACCAGUUUCAGUAGUUGGUACUUUACAAAUGUAUUUAAGUCAAUCAGCAGAAUUAUUAAGUUUAGAAGAAAGAUUAGCCAAAGAAAAUAACUAUAGAUUAGGUUUGAAAUUAGUUAGAGGUGCUUAUAUUCAUUCUGAAAAGAAUAGAGCUGAAAUCAUUCACAAGACACAAGAAGAUACUGAUUCAAAUUAUAAUCAAGUCGUUGCAUCUCAUAAUGGUGAAUCCAUGAAAUUAGCCACUUCAAAAUUACAAAAGGAUACCGAUAAGGAAAAUAAAAAUAAAAAUAAUGUAGUAUUAGGUCAAUUAUUAGGUAUGGCAGAUAAUAUUACUCAUGAUUUAAUUAAAAAUCAUAAAGUUGAUAAUGUUAUCAAAUAUGUUCCUUGGGGUCCACCAUUAGAAACUAAAGAAUAUUUAUUAAGAAGAUUAGAAGAAAAUGGUGAUGCUGUUAAAAGUAAUAAUGGUUUCCCAUUAGUUAAAGCUUCUGCUUCUGCUUUAUUCAAACGUGCUUUUGGAUUAGCAUAA